CAUCUGCUGAUAAUUGACUUUGUAUGUUUUGUGAUCUUUGAAUGAUCAUGACAAUUAUGUCAUCUCAUUGAAAUUUUCUUAAGUCUGCUGACAAUCUUCUUUUUUUUUAACCAUAAACCAAUAUCUCGGCUCAUAUGAAAUCCUAUUCUGUCCUCGCCCGAUUUUUGGCCGGAUUUUCUAGAAAAAUAGAAAAAUAUGUGCCACUCUGAACCAAAGCCACCUACCAUAAUCUGUACCACCUGAAAACAGCUGCUUCCAAUCCACAGAUAUCCUUGGCCAGAGUAGAGUUCAUGUCCCCUUCCGAGGAGGGGGUGCAAGCAGUGAGGUACAGGCCCACAGCUCAGUUGGCCCUUUGGCUCCUUCGCUUGCAACCAAAUGGACGGGGCAGAUCCUGUAACCAAAACAGCACAAUCAAAAAAAAAAAAAAAAGGAUGGCUUGUAGCCAAUUGCCCUUGUCUGAGGACGACACCACAUUCAUCUGCCUGUUUGUGCCACAUCACUGUCUAAUUUUGUCAUUUCCCCUAUGGUUGAAUCCUGGCUCCUCCUCCCUUUCCCCAGAACUUCAAUGAACUGCAACUUAACUUGCCCAAAAGGAUUACUUUAUAUUGAAUCAAAGAAGGAGAAGCUCUUGCCUUCCUCCUCUCUCCCCAUCCAUCUCUUGACCACCAUGGGCAAGCUCGCUCCUUACCUCAUUCUAACUCUCACUCUUCUCUUAACUACCCUCCCCACCAGAGCCCACAUGCAUGCAGGAGGAGCCUUCGCUUCCAUGGAACCGCAAGCGACCAUCCAAUACCUACCGAUUGGCACCGUUCAGAACCGCUCCGUCGAUGGAGUCUCCGCCAUGGAUGGCGACGUCGACCGUCGUGAGCUCAACCCCUUCCAACUCUGCCUGAAGUGCCGGUGCUGCACCGCCAACGACCUGAGCAACUGCACGUCGAUGCCAUGCUGCUUUGACAUCGACUGCGACCUCCCCGACAAGCCCUACGGCGUCUGCGCCUUCGUGCCCAAGAUCUGCAGCUGCAACUCAUGCAGCUGAUCCUUCUAAGUAAGGUAUACAAAAAGAUUCAUAAGGACUGACUUCCUUAGGUGGAGACUCACAAGACCCAAUCUGCGAGGAUACAUAUAUAGUUAUGAAAAAGAAAACGAUUAGAUUUUGAUAUACCUUGUAGUGCAUCACAGUGUGCAAUCCUUAAAAAUAAAAACAUCUCUGUGGUUUUAAUUUCGAUCAGAUGAUGCAAUGGAUAGUUCAAAUUUAAAUAAAAGCUAUAGACGUUUUCUAAUCCAA